AUGGCAUCAGAGCUCAGUCCGGAGGAAAGAGAGCUGCAGCUCAUUGGGCGACUAGAGUUCAGAAUUGCAGCAGCAAGUUCGGAUGAAAAGCUCGAAACAAUUCUGGACAAGUUUCUGGCUGCCUUGUUAUUGAAACUUGGCUCAGAAAACAUAGCAGCAAGGAACAAGGUUAUAUCUAUAUGCCAACACAUAAACAAACGCAUCAUGCCACCACAAGAAAUCAAACUUCCAGUCAAAAAGCUACUAACGCAGUACAAAGAAAAUGCCGAUGUUGCUUUGAUACGCCACUUUGAUAUCAUGUACAUCCAGCAGGGUAUCAUACGGGUACCUGUUUCUGAAAGACUUGAUUUGCUGCCCAUAUUAGUGAACGGCAUCGCUAAGGACUAUGCAAAGUCUGCACAGCAUGCUUCACAACUCUUUCAUCUGACAUUGCGACUCCUCACCCAUUUCAAGCUUCCUCUGAGAGGUAGCAAGGAGGAUGGCGAACUACGGGAAAAACUACAAAUGAAUGAUGAAGAUGCUAAAUUUCUUUCGCAUUGGUUUGGCAAGUUACUGUUGUUAGCUGUAGUCCGUCAAAAUAAUGCAGAUGGUCCAGCUCCUAGGUGCCCAGGGCUUUCUGUUGAUGAGUACAAAUUCCUCACACAGUUUGGAAAACCAGAUGCAUGGGAUCCUGCUGCACAAGCCGGUUUGAACUUGACCGAGACUAAAGCCCUAGUAGCAAGAUGUCUCGCCAGUGGCAUGUUCACUGAUAAUGAGAAAUUACUGCCAGCAUUGUAUGCAUCUGCCGACACAAACUCAAGGAUCUUUGAGAUAGGAGAUGAUGUCCUUAAGCGCGUCAUGCAGGCGACCGAUCUUGAAGAUCAAAAUCUAAUAGAGGGAUUGCUUGACCUCUACUUCGGCUCGAGCUCCUCCGAAGGCGCCCUGCCGGCGAAAACGCCGCUUCGAAUCAAGAUAUUGGGUCUCUUUUCAAGAUCCGUCCGUGUUACAGCUUAUCCACAACAAGUGUCAAAAAUCGUGGAAGAGGGUCUGCUCUCGGCCGACCUUGGUACCAAUGCUCAAAGCACGGCAGGACGAGAAGCGUCUAGAUUCCGCUCAGCUAUAUUUGCUCUCGUCAAUUUCGUGGCUCGCCGUGGCUCAAAGUCAGAUUUACAGUCAAUUGCUCAAGGCCUGGUAGGAAAUCUACGCGCCUUUAUUGAAGAUCAAGGCUGGCCGGCCCCCGAUCGAGAUUCGGAUUCUGAGCUUCGCAGGUAUGGAUACGAGACCAUCGGACUAUUAGCAAAGGCCUCCUCAGAAACAAUCCUUCUCGAACCAUCACUAGACUUAUUGUCAUGGCUGUUCCGAUCUUUGAAAGAAGAUUCUUCUGGUCGUGACGUAGCUGUGAGUAUCGAGGAGGCACUUUCUUCAGUCCUUGGUGGAUUUGCAGGCCCGCUUGAUCCAGAAGUCGAGAAUCGAUUGAGACAAACGCUUCUGAAAUACUCCACGGCGGACUCAUCCAAGGAAGUUGCCAAUGCCGACAAGUUUUCUAGAAAUACACGCUACGUCGCGACAAGGUUCGCCAAUGGAUGCCUCCCGUAUGUUGAUGUCUUAGCCAGAUGGAUCAACAUCGUUGCGAUUAGUGGUGGCAGCACUGAAAGACACGAGGUGAUAGAGGAGGGUAAAAAGGGACUGGAUCCAUAUCUCUUCUCCAUGUCGAGAUCAUUCGGCUCUGGAGAAAACGAAAAGUCGAUGGCAUUUCCCAACUUCGACGAAUUAGUAGACUACAUCUUUAGUCGGCGACCAGAAAGCGAAGAUGGUGUCGACAUGGACAUACAGGAUGCUCCCGUAGCCCAAGUCAGGGCUUUCCAGAACCAUUUUGCUCAUACACUACCUGCAGUCAUAAAUUACUGCACACAGGUUGCUAUCCAUACGGCGCUGAAUGAAAAGAGCAUCCAGAGUGAAUUGUCUCAAGAUUGGGGAAGGAAAUUAGAGACUCUACUCACUACGGAUCAACGCUCUCGUCAAGCUUUCCGGGCCUUUGCGGCUGAAGACGCUCAUAGUCGCUCAUUCGCACUACUACUGAGGGCUUGCUUCGAACAGAUUACGCAAAAUGAGCUCAAUGAUAUUGGCGAUCUCGGCGACACAUUUGUCAGCCUUUGCGCUCUGUGUCCGGAAGCUGUCUGGAAGGAGGCCAGAUUACUGCAUGACUUCCAAGCACUGUUGCCCUCAAUACUCUCGAACAACGCUCCUCGCCGGUCAGGCGCGACCCAUGCUUAUGGUUUGCUCGCAUCACAUACGGACAGUGACGUGAAGACUGUGGAGAAAAUAAAUGGCCAACUCAUUGAAAGGUUGAAAGACUGGCAGUCAGCUGUCGGUGGAGAAAUCAAUCAAAUUAGCGGCGCCAUUGUGGCCCUCAGCUAUUUCUUCAGCCGAAAACACUGGAGAGAUCCUGAAUCAGAUGGACUUCAACAUAUCGGAACAUUGCUACAGGUAAUUGUGGACAUCCUUAAAACGUCUAGUGACGCCACUCUGAAGGCCGCGGUCUUUUCUUGCCUUGACCAGCUGAGUCUUUUCCAAAUCAUCACGGCCUCCAAACUGGCCGAUUACGCCAAAUUCCGGGAUGUUGUAGAGAAGGUCUUCGAUUCAGCCAAGUCUGGUAUUACAAGUGCCGUGCUCGCCCUUGGCCACUUGUCGAUGACCACAGAGGAAGGCGAUAUCGACCAAGGAAACGAAACAGAUUAUGCAUACUUAGCAGAGAAAUUCUAUGAAUUGCACGAAGUCCGUCAACCCGAGGUGCAAUUCUCCGUGGGCGAAGCUUUGAGCUGCUUUGCCAUUGGGUGGGACACCAAAGCUUUGGCUGCGGAACUCGAUGUUGAGCAUCCGGAACAGACACACCACCCUUGGGAUGCUGAAGUCAGAACGCCCCAGGGCCCGAUACGAGAGAAGACGUUGUCUACUGUUCUAGAGAAGACACUCAAGGGCUGUCGCCAGACCAAGCCUUCUCUGAAAAAGGCUUCGGUCAUCUGGUUGCUGUGCUUGCUUCAAUAUUGUGGACACAAGCCGGAAAUCCAAGGUUACUUGCCCCAGUGUCAAACUGCCUUCAAAAUCUGUCUUACCGAUCGAGAUGAGGUCGUGCAGGAGGCGGCAUCUCGAGGUCUUGGGAUUGUGUAUGAGAAAGGAGACCGCCAACUCAAAGAUGAUCUUGUACGUGAUCUCGUAGGCUCCUUCUCUGACAACAAGGCCAGUAUCUCUGGCACAGUGUCCGAAGACACUCAACUGUUUGAGCCAGGUGCCCUACCUACAGGAGAUGGCUCUAUAACGACCUACAAAGAUAUCCUCAAUCUCGCUUCCGAGGUGGGAGACUCUAGUCUCGUAUAUCGCUUCAUGUCUCUGGCUUCAAAUAAUUCCAUCUGGUCAAGCCGCGCAGCCUUUGGCCGCUUUGGGCUCAGCAAUAUCUUCUCUGAUUCAAGUGUUGAUGGCUAUCUUGCCGAAAACCCAAAGCUAUAUCCCAAACUGUACCGAUACAGGUUUGACCCGAACACAAAUGUUCAGCGAUCUAUGAAUGAUAUCUGGAAUGCUCUGGUCAAAGAUUCUUCGGCUACUAUCGACAAGCAUUUCGAUGCAAUUAUGAAUGACCUCCUGACUAGUAUUUUGAACAAAGAGUGGCGAGUCCGUCAAGCUUCAUGUGCAGCUAUUUCAGAUCUUGUACAAGGUCGUAGGCUGGAGAAGUAUGAGAAAUUUCUGGACCAAGUCUGGGAUAAAUGCUUUAAAGUUCUCGACGACAUUAAAGAAUCCGUUAGAGCUGCGGCCGCAUCCCUAGCCCGAGUUCUUACCGCCCUUCUUACUCGGUCGUUGGAGGCUGGCGACUCGUCGACGAAGACUGCAAGCGCCAUGCUUUCCCGCGUACUUCCCUUCCUCCUCUCAUCAUCCGGUCUCGAAUCUAGUGCAGAAGACGUGCGCACAUUCGCGGUCGUAACUCUUCUUCAGAUCGUAAAGAAGAGUAGUGCAAAAACACUCAAUCCUCACUCACCAGAACUGGUCGAGCGCUUGCUCGGCUUGCUCAGUUCAUUGGAACCAGAAGCUAUCAAUUAUAUCCAUCUAAAUGCUUCCAAAUACAACCUCACUGAGCAAAAGCUUGACGACAUGCGUCUUCAAAGCGUUAGGGCAUCUCCACUUACAGAAUCGAUCGAGCGCUGCCUUGACCUGGCAGAUGCAGACACGAUGAAGACAAUUGUACCGCGGGUUGAAUCUGCCAUGAAGAGCGCCGUUGGAUUACCCUCUAAGGUCGGAUGCUCAAGAAUUCUCGUCACCUUGAGCACACGACACAAUUUCCUAUUCAAGCCAUACGCAGACGGCUUCAUGAAGUUGAUACAAAAGUAUGUCUACGACCGUAACGAGACAGUCUCUUCUUCAUACGCCGCCGCGGCGGGAUACGUUGCUCGACUCGCUUCUGACAAGCAACUUCUCUCUUCCAUCUCUUUCUGUCACAAGCUUUACUUUGAGUCGGACGAUGAGAAGAGCAGACUUGCUGCGGGUGACAUCAUCUUAUCCAUCUCCAAGAACGCUACAGAUCGCUUCAACUCUCUAGCCUCUGAGCUGCUCCCUUUUAUAUUUCUCGCAAAACACGAUAGCCAUUCCGUCGUCAAGCAAUUGUUUAGUGACACAUGGUCCGACAACGUCGCAGGUAGCAGAUCAGUACUGUUGUACCUGAAGGAGAUCAUGGCACUCGCCGACAAGCAUCUCGAAAGUCAAAAAUGGGUGCUCAAGCACACAUCCGCAAAGACCGUCGCGGAUGCAAUCAUGUCGAUCACGAGUGGAACCGAGGACAUGGACAAAGCCAACGCCACCAUCGUAUGGCCCUCGCUCGACAAAGCGAUCGGAGGAAAGACCUGGGAAGGAAAAGAAAUCGUCCUGGAAGCUUUCGUCAGGUUCACCGAGCGCGGCAAGAGUCUGUGGACCGCAGACGCCAAAGUUGCGAAACAGAUCGAGAAGGUCGCGAUCAGAGAGGCGAAGAGGCAGAACAAGGCCUAUCGCCCAUUCGCCCUUGAGGCCCUAGGCAAGACUUGCAGAGCUAGGGACGAUCUCGAAUUAUCCCAAGCAGUAACAGAGAUCGUAGAAAGCGUCCUCGACGAGUAUCAAGAUGGAGACGAGGACGGUGAUAAAAUGGAUGUGGACGGGGGAGAAGUCUUGAAGGACGUGGCACUGCAAGAAAAGACCAUCUCCGCUUGCAUCUCCGCCUUAUCGGACGCUCCCAACCCGAACAAGCUCUCGCCUACAGAGUUAGCAGACCGACUAACGACCAUCCUUCCGCUCAUCGCCAAAGCCAAUUCGACACGCGCGAAGGACAUCCACCUCAAGACCUUCACGUCCUUGCUCUCGCUGUUCGAACGAGUACCCGCUGAUCUGCCGUUGUCAGACGCGAAGGCGAAGGAGGCGCUUGAGAAAGUGCUUUUCGACCCUACGUUCGAGGGACUGCCAGAGGCUAUGAGAUUGAAGAGGGCUGAGGCGCUGGUUGCCAUUGCUAAAGUGAAGCAAUGUGCGUGGGUUGUUGAGAAAUUGAAGCCGGAGGUGGGUGGCGGUGAGAGGAGUGCAGCUGUAAGGAAUGUUCUCGCAAAGGCUGGGUGA